AUGGAGAAGAUAGAGAAACUUGUUGCCGCCUUAAGUAAGGAUUUGGUAGGAAUUAUUGUGCCUGUUAUGGUCCCAGAAAAAACAUUUAAGCAUGGAAUAGAGUACCAGCCAAGAAAAGAAGAUGAGAUCGAAGAUAACUCAAAGGAAAGUCCGUCUAAACCAUCGCCACUCCUGCACCAAUCAUUUCCCAUGCAUGAGAUUUCAAAUGAUGAUGGUCUUGGGGAUAGGAUAGAAAAUCUGUUCGAGGGAUGCAAUGCUGUACCAGAAGAUUUUUCAAAGCCCAGUGGGGUAAAAAAGGUUGCACCAGGAGAGGCUUUACAAAAUUGGACUUUCACUCCGCUCCUUAUUCGUCGCCUGUCAUGUGCAAAAAUGGAAGCUCGAACAAUCAACAACUCUCCUGAAAUUGUUGCUUUUGCUUUUGUGGAUUUAUACUAUCGUGUUUUACAGAAGUUUACUAAUCAGGCCCAUCGAUUUUAUAAGGAAAAUAGUGUUCUAAGUUGGCCCUUUCAUCGAGAAAUUGAGUCUGUGAAAUCUUCUGAAGAGAUAAAUGAAUUUAUUAUUUCAUCUCACUUCAAAGACAAAAAAGUGGAAGUCAUAAAUAUUGACUCACAAUCAUCUACUGGAGGAGGUGUUCUUGUGUUGGUAACAGCAUGCUUGAUAGAGCAAGAUAACUUAAGAAAAAAUUUCUCUCAGACAUUUUUUCUUGCUCCACAAGAAAAUGGAUACUAUGUGUUGAACGAUAUUUUUCGCUUUGUUGGUGUGGUAGAAUCUUCAGCACUUGUUGACGAAAAGGUUGAUGAAAAUGCUUUAGUUGCUCCUUUGGCUACUGAGAGCAAAGUCGAAGAUACUAUAAAGGAAGUUUUCGAUAAUUCAGAGACUAAGGUGACGAAAGAUGAUCAAGUUGUCCAGAAGCCUUCACUUACUUCAAAUGAAAAAGAAAAAUUUGUUGCUGAGAUGGCCCUAGUCGUUCAGAAUGAGGCUCCUAAACUUAGCUAUGCUUCUAUCAAAGAAGUUUCUAAUAAUUCAGAGACUAAGGUGACGACCAAUGAUCAAGUUGACCAGAAGCCUUCACUUACUUCAAACGACAAAGAAAAAUCUGUUGUUGAGACGGCCCCAGUCGUUCAGAAUGAGGCUCCUAAACUUAGUUAUGCUUCUAUCAAGGAACAAGGUAGGUCCUCUCCAUCAGCGAAUACCCCAUACAAAAAUGUAAGGGUUGUUGCAGAGGAUGGUCUCCUAUCAACACCUAAAAGAUCUGAAGCCAGCGGCUUAGUUCAGGCGCUAACAUCUAGUCCGAGUUGUGUGUCGAAAGCUGCAACUGCUUCAACUAAUGUUGCACAAGGCCAAUAUAAAUCAAUAUAUAUCGGAGGAUUGCCAACCAACACAACAAGAAGUGAUCUUUAUGCUAUUGUCAAAGAGUUUGGACUAAUUGACAUUCAGGACGUUCAACUCAAAAUUUAUGAGGAUGGAUACUGUGUAGGAUUUGUGCAUUUUCAAGAUGAAAUUUCUGCUAAAAAAGCUGUCCAAACGCGUUACAUUACAGUGAAGGGGAGAGAAGUUUACAUCAGAUAUAAGAGACUUAACAAAGGUCGUGGCGAUAGGUCAAUCUCUCUAUCAUAUGGAGGUAGAUUUCCUAACAGUGGUUCUGAGUCGCAAAGACGGCAUCAAAAUUCUGAUGGACACAAGGGAGAAGGUUACCAACAACAGAACUAUAGGAAGAGGGGCACUAACUAUAAUUAG